GGCUGGGGGCUGGGAGCGUCCGGGGUGGGAAGGAAUGCGUUAGCGCUAUCCCCAGGAGGCUUCCACGGUGCGCGGGGCUUCGGGGCCAAGCGCUUGGCGGUGGGGCAGUUCAGGACCGAAGGGGAGUGAACCGGGGAAGGGUUAAGGGCGUGGGAAAGGUUAAUGUGAAGAGAAAAGCUAGUUAUGCCUGGAAGGAAUUAGGCCUGUGAGAGAGGUCUUGGUGUGAAAAGAGAUCAGGAAAUGGAUAUCCCUAAAGAGAUUUAGAGCGGAUGGAGAGGUCCUUGUGAAGAAUGGGGUUACGUUAACGUGAAGAGGAGUUAAGCCAAAAUGGGGUACCCUUGCAACGAAUUGAGAAUAUGUUCAAAGAAGGGUUAUGUGACAAAGGUGCCUUCGUAUCCCUAAAGUAGAUAGGGUGGAGGUAGUCUUUUGAAAAGUACAGAGAAUUAGGUCAAGGUGAAGAGUGAGAAGUGGGUAUCACUAGAGGGGGCUGGGGUGGUGGGGUGAGAGGUCUGUGUGCUCGUCUGGGGCGGGGAGGUUGGUAUCCCUCGAAUGAGAAUGAAAUGUAAAGGUUGCUGAGAAGUUGGAGGUCAGGGUGUCCCCAGGGCUGGUGAGAGGGGUCUAGGUGUGGGGAAGCCGGAUCUGUCUGUCCUCUGGCUGGGUUGGGUGGGGGAGGGGUUGGGUAUCCCUAAAUGGGUUUGAGGCAGAGGGAGAGUUGUGUGCGAAAGGAAGGAAUUGAAGUCAUUGUGAGGAGUAGGCUGGUAUCCCUGCAUUAGGUUGGAGUAUUUGCAGAUCUUCUUGCAAAGAAAAGGAAUUAAGUUGAUGUAGAGAGGGACUGAGCAUCUCUGGAAUGGAUAGGGUGGGGGUGGCCCUUUUGCACAGAGGAGGGGCUUGGGUUGGCAUAAAAAGAAGUGUUGGGCAUCCCUUAAAUGGAUUUGAGGGGAAAAGGGCUUUUUGCAAAGAAGAAAAUGUUUGGUUAAUAACGUGAAGGGAGGACCUGGGAGUGGAUCUUUUUCUGAAGGUGAGAGGCUUAGUUUUUGAUGUGAGGAGGGGUGUGGGCAUCUCUAGAAUGGGUUAGGGUGGUAGGGGUUUUGCAAAGAAAACAAACGUGAAGAGGGAGUCUGGGAAUACCUGAAUGGGUUCGGAUGGUGUUUGAAGAAAAGGGGUUUAAGUCAGUGUGAAGAGGGGAUCUGGGUUGUAGAUGAGGUCUCAGUGCAAAGAAGAGGUGAUUAAGGGGAAGAGAGUUGUACCCAGGAGACAAACGACUAAUAAUGCCCAGGGCCUUGCUGCCACCAUGACUGAGGAAUCAGAGGAGACAGUUCUGUACAUUGAGCACCGCUAUGUCUGCUCGGAGUGCAACCAGCUCUAUGGAUCCCUGGAGGAGGUGCUCAUGCACCAGAACUCUCACGUGCCCCAGCAGCACUUUGAGCUCGUGGGUGUGGCCGACCCUGGAGUCACUGUGGCCACAGAGGCAGCAUCUGGCACGGGCCUCUAUCAGACCCUAGUACAGGAGAGCCAGUACCAGUGCUUGGAGUGUGGGCAGCUGCUGAUGUCCCCCAGCCAGCUCCUGGAACACCAGGAGCUGCAUUUGAAGAUGAUGGCGCCCCAGGAUGCAGUGCCAGCUGAGCCACCACCCAAGGUGCCCCCCUUGAGCUCCAGUACCAUCCACUAUGAGUGUGUGGAUUGCAAGGCUCUCUUUGCCAGCCAGGAGCUCUGGUUGAACCACCGGCAAACUCACCUUCGGGCCACUCCCACCAAGCCUCCAGCCCCAGUUGUCCUGGGUUCUCCAGUUGUUCUAGGGCCCCCCAUGGGCCAGGCCCGUGUAGCUGUGGAGCACUCGUACCGUAAGGCAGAAGAGGGUGGGGAAGGGGCAGCUGUCCCCUCUGCCGCUACCGCCACCACUGAGGUGGUGACUGAGGUGGAGCUGCUCCUUUACAAGUGCUCCGAGUGCUCCCAACUCUUCCAGCUGCCAGCUGACUUCCUGGAGCACCAGGCCACCCACUUCCCUGCUCCUACCCCUGAGUCUCAGGAACCUGCCUUGCAACAGGAGAUUCUGACCCCAUCACCUGCAGAGGUGCCUAUGUCUCAGCCUGACCCCCUGCCAUCAUCUGACCACAGUUACGAGCUGCGCAAUGGUGAAGCUAUUGGACGUGAUCGCCGGGGGCGCAAGGCCCGGAGGAACAACAGUGGAGAGCCAGGUGGGGCAGCCACCCAGGAGCUGUUUUGUUCAGCCUGUGACCAGCUAUUUCUCUCGCCUCACCAGCUGCAGCAGCACCUGCGGAGUCACCGAGAGGGCGUCUUUAAGUGCCCUCUGUGCAGUCGCGUCUUCCCCAGCCCUUCCAGUCUGGACCAGCACCUUGGAGACCACAGCAGCGAGUCUCACUUCCUGUGUGUGGACUGUGGCCUUGCCUUUGGCACAGAGGCCCUCCUCCUGGCCCACCGGCGAGCCCACACCCCAAAUCCUUUGCAUUCAUGUCCAUGUGGAAAGACCUUUGUCAACCUCACCAAGUUCCUGUAUCAUCGGCGUACCCAUGGGGUUGGGGGUGUCCCUUUGCCCACAACACCAGUCCCACCAGAGGAGCCUGUCAUUGGUCUCCCUGAGCCAGCUUCAACAGAGACUGGAGAGCCAGAGGCUCCAGAGCCCCCUGUGUCCGAGGAGAGCUCAGCAGGGACUGCAGCUCCAGGCACCUACCGCUGCCUCCUCUGCAGCCGGGAAUUUGGCAAGGCAUUGCAGCUGACCCGGCACCAGCGUUUUGUGCACCGGCUGGAACGGCGCCACAAGUGUGGCAUCUGUGGCAAGAUGUUCAAGAAGAAGUCUCAUGUGCGUAACCACCUGCGUACCCACACGGGGGAACGGCCCUUCCCCUGCCCAGACUGCUCCAAACCCUUCAACUCACCUGCCAACCUGGCUCGCCACAGGCUCACGCACACAGGGGAGCGGCCCUACCGGUGUGGGGACUGUGGCAAGGCUUUCACGCAAAGCUCCACACUGAGGCAGCACCGCCUGGUUCAUGCCCAGCACUUCCCCUACCGCUGCCAGGAGUGUGGGGUGCGUUUUCACCGCCCCUACCGCCUGCUCAUGCACCGCUACCACCACACAGGCGAGUACCCUUACAAGUGCCGUGAGUGCCCCCGCUCCUUCUUGCUUCGCCGGCUGCUGGAGGUGCACCAGCUUGUGGCCCAUGCUGGGCGCCAGCCCCACCGCUGCCCAUCCUGUGGGGCUGCCUUUCCCUCUUCACUGCGGCUCCGUGAGCACCGCUGUGCAGCUGCUGCCGCGCAGGCCCCACGGCGCUUUGAGUGUGGCACCUGUGGCAAGAAAGUGGGCUCAGCUGCCCGGCUGCAGGCACAUGAGGCUGCCCAUGCAGCCGCUGGGCCUGGGGAGGUCCUGGCGAAGGAGCCCCCGGCCCCACGGGCCCCGCGGGCCACUCGCACCCCAGUUGCCUCCCCGACAACCCUUGGAAGUGCAGCCCCUGCUGCCCCUGCAGCCCCAGCCCGUCGCCGGGGCCUGGAGUGCAGUGAGUGCAAGAAGCUGUUCAGCACAGAGACCUCGCUGCAGGUACAUCGGCGCAUCCAUACAGGCGAGCGACCAUACCCAUGUCCAGACUGUGGCAAGGCCUUUCGUCAGAGUACGCACCUGAAGGACCACCGGCGCCUGCACACAGGCGAGCGGCCCUUUGCCUGUGAAGUGUGCGGCAAGGCCUUUGCCAUCUCUAUGCGCCUGGCGGAGCACCGCCGCAUUCACACUGGGGAACGGCCCUACUCCUGCCCCGACUGCGGCAAGAGCUACCGCUCCUUCUCCAACCUGUGGAAGCACCGCAAGACCCACCAGCAGCAGCAUCAGGCAGCUGUGCGGCAGCAGCUGGCAGAGGCCGAGGCCGCCGUUGGCCUGGCCGUGAUGGAGACUGCAGUGGAGGCGCUGCCCUUGGUGGAGGCCAUUGAAAUCUACCCUCUGGCUGAGGCUGAGGGAGUUCAGAUUAGUGGCUGACCCUGCCCCGCUUCCUGCUUCAGUGCCGCCGUGCCCUGUUGCUAAAGAGCCUCCUCCACCAGCCCCUUAGGUCUCUGUACCUGCUGUGCCCCUUUUUCCACCCCUCCCAACAGUCAUGUAAGUUCUCUAACCUCUUCUAAAGGGGUGCUCUGGGGUCCCUGAAAAGUAAGCAUAAAGCCCACCUUCCACCUGUUAGCAUUGGUGGCCCCAAGGUGAGGCAGUCAAUAAAGACUGAGUUGGACAUUUAUGUGCUUUUGUCUGGCCUGGCUGUGUGGGGUGGAAUUUGGGAGCUAUGAGCCCAGGUACUUGGGGCUCAUUUUUCGUGGCUUGUUCCCAGUGUCUGGAACGGGGUGCCUGGCAAGUAACAGGAGCUCAGUAAACAUUUGCUGAAAAGGAAGGAAUCCAUAGGCACGGCUUCACUCCGGUGCUCGUGGCAGGCACUGUGGCUCUUUAGCCACUAGAGGCCCCCACAGCCCCUUAAAAGGACUGGAAGCUGUUUCUAACUGGCAAGAACGUUUGGGAAAAUGUUCAGAUUCUCACCACCUCAGCCUGAUCUUCUAAUGAAGAGCAGUUACCUGUUAAACAGUUUUUGACCAGAAUGUGUUGACCUUGGACGACCUAACCUGCAGAAAGGACUCAGCCAUCUUAGUUCAGUAUGCCAGACCCCCUUAGUCCUCAGAGUCCCAGUACCUAUGGAUGGAACAGUGACAAGGAGACCUGAUGGCAGUGGAAAAACCCAGUUACUGACACCAUCUCUGAUUUUCAGUGGUGAGGUCUUGGGGGUCAGCCCAUGGCCUGGCCUGUGAAGCUCUUGUUCUGCCAGAUGACUUCAAAGUCAGCUCUUUUUAAAGGGUCUUGUUAGUCCUCAGGGACGGAAAUGGGGAAGUACUCACUGGUUUCCUGGCUUUUUCAUAGUUCUUGUUUAUUGAAGCCUAGGUGCUAGAGAAUUUUCAUCAGCACAUGUAAUACUCGAUUUUUACAACCCCAUAGGACAGGUAUUGCCCAUAUACAGAUGUGGACACGGAAGCUCAACCAUCUGUAAAAUGCCAGAAAUGGGAUUUGAAAUACAGGAAUUUGAAUUUAUCCUAAGUUCGAAGAUUUGAUUUUCUGAUUAGUGAAAAAACUGCUGAGGCCUUGCUUCUGAACAUUCACUAUUUAAAGAGAAGGAAAGCCAUCCUCUCCCCAGCACAUGCAUACACACCCCAAACCCUGACUGCCCCACCACCCUUCACAGGACAGAGGAGACAGGAAGAGCAGGCAGCAUUUCUCUGUACAGUUUUUAAUUUUUAAUUUUUUGAUGUCAGAUGAAUGACACACUCAAGUUACAAAAAUGGGGCCUUAAAAGAAGCACAUUGUACAAUGAACAAGCAGAUUGGAGUUAAGAACACUGAAACGCUAACCCGCUACCACAAGAAGAGACAGGGAAGGGUUGCAGGAUGGGAAGGGAGGGGCUACCAACAACACAGGAGUCAGACAGAACUCAAAGGGGGGCUAACUUGGUGAGAAUGGAGGAAAGGCAUGUCUCCUCCAGGGCCCACUCUUUCUGUAUGCCACGGCUUGGUCUCCCUUGCCCACUACUUGCCGCCACUUCCCAUCUCCAUUCCAACCUGACCAUUCAAAUGAGUGGGUGAGAGACACCCACCC